AUGAGUGUGAACGAGGCGGGCAGCGCCGGCCGCCGGGGGCAGGCGGCCUACCACCUGCACAUCUACCCGCAGCUGGCCUCCAGCGAGAGCCAGGCCCCGCAGCUGGCCUCCUGCCGCGUGCCGGCCACCAAGGACAGCACCACGUCCGACGUCAUCCAGGACGCCGUCGCCCGCCUGCAGCUGGACGGCAGCAAGCGCUACGUGCUGGUGGAGGUCAAGGAGACGGGUGGGGAGGAGUGGGUGCUGGAUGCCAGCGACUCGCCUGUGCACCGCGUGCUGCUGUGGCCGCGGCGGGCCCACGACGAGCACCCUCGGGAGGACGGCUACUACUUCCUGCUGCAGGAGCGCGACCCCGACGGGACCAUCAAGUACUUGCAUAUGCAGCUGGCAUCCCAGGCAACGGCCACUCGGCGCCUGGUGGAGCGCGGCCUCCUGCCUCGGCCACAGGCAGACUUUGACGACCUGUGCAACCUCCCCGAGCUGACGGAGGAGAACCUCCUGAAGAACCUCAGGCACCGCUUCCUGCAGCAAAAGAUCUACACGUACGCCGGCAGCAUCCUCGUAGCCGUCAACCCCUUCAAGUUCCUCCCCAUCUACAACCCGAAGUACGUGAAGAUGUAUGAGAACCAGCAGCUGGGCAAGCUGGAGCCUCACGUGUUCGCGCUGGCCGACGUGGCCUACUACGCCAUGCUCCGGAAGCACGUCAACCAGUGCAUCGUCAUCUCGGGCGAGAGCGGCUCUGGCAAGACGCAGAGCACCAACUUCCUGAUCCACUGCCUCACCGCCCUGAGCCAGAAGGGCUACGCCAGCGGUGUCGAGAGGACCAUCCUCGGCGCUGGCCCCGUGCUGGAGGCUUUUGGAAAUGCUAAAACAGCCCACAACAACAAUUCCAGCCGAUUUGGGAAAUUCAUCCAGGUCAACUACCUGGAGAGCGGCAUCGUGAGAGGAGCGGUUGUCGAAAAGUACCUGCUUGAAAAGUCUCGCCUGGUCUCUCAGGAGAAGGACGAGAGGAACUACCACGUGUUUUAUUAUUUGUUACUUGGCGUCAGCGAGGAAGAGCGUCGGGAAUUUCAGCUCAAGCAGCCUGAAGAUUAUUUCUACCUCAACCAGCAUAACUUGAAGAUCGAAGAUGGAGAGGACCUGAAGCAUGACUUUGAAAGACUCAAGCAGGCCAUGGAGAUGGUGGGCUUCCUUCCUGCCACCAAGAAGCAGAUUUUUUCCAUCCUCUCAGCCAUCCUGUACCUAGGCAACAUCACUUACAAGAAGAGAGCCACGGGCCGAGAUGAAGGCUUGGAGGUCGGGCCCCCCGAGGCGCUGGACACGCUGUCGCAGCUCCUAAAGGUGAAGCGAGAAAUCUUAGUGGAAGUUCUGACCAAAAGAAAAACAGUGACCUCCAACGACAAACUCAUCCUUCCCUAUAGUCUCAGCGAGGCCAUCACCGCCCGUGACUCCAUGGCCAAGUCCCUCUACAGCGCGUUGUUCGACUGGAUCGUGCUGCGGAUCAACCACGCUCUCCUCAACAAGAAGGACAUGGAGGAGUCUGUCUCGUGCCUGUCUAUUGGAGUCCUCGACAUCUUUGGGUUUGAAGACUUCGAGAGGAACAGUUUUGAGCAGUUCUGCAUCAACUACGCCAACGAGCAGCUCCAGUAUUACUUCAACCAGCACAUUUUCAAGCUAGAACAGGAGGAGUACCAGAGCGAAGGGAUCUCAUGGCACAACAUCGACUACACAGACAACGUUGGCUGCAUCCACCUGAUCAGCAAGAAGCCCACUGGCCUCUUCUAUCUGCUGGACGAAGAGAGCAACUUUCCGCACGCCACGAGCCAGACUCUGCUGGCCAAGUUCAAACAGCAGCACGAGGACAACAGAUACUUCGUCGGCACCCCCGUCAUGGAGCCGGCCUUCAUCAUCCAGCACUUCGCAGGGAAGGUGAAAUACCAGAUCAAGGACUUCCGAGAGAAGAACAUGGACUACAUGCGGCCAGACAUCGUGGCCCUCCUGCGGGGCAGCGACAGCGCCUACGUGCGGGAGCUCAUCGGCAUGGACCCCGUGGCCGUGUUCCGCUGGGCGGUGCUCCGGGCCGCCAUCCAGGCCGUGGCCGUGCUGCGGGAGGCUGGGCGCCUGCGGGCCGAGAGAGCUGAAGAGGCUGCAGGUCUGGACAGCUCUGGUGCCCAAGGUCACGUGGGAGAACAUAGAGGAGCCAGCACCCCGUCAGAAAAACUCUACCGCGAUUUGCAUGACCAAAUCAUCCGGAGUAUCAAAGGAUUGCCCUGGCAGGGUGACGACCCCCGUAAGCUUCUCCAGUCCCUCAAUCGGCUCCAGAAACCCCGCACCUUCAUCCCGAAAAGUAAAGGUAUCAAACAAAAGCAGAUCAUUCCAAAGAACCCGCUGGACUCCAAAUCCCUGAAGCUGAUCAUCAGUAUGACACUGCACGACCGCACUACCAAGUCCCUGCUGCACCUGCACAAGAAGAAGAAACCGCCCAGCAUCAGUGCCCAGUUCCAGACUUCCCUGAAUAAGCUCCUGGAGGCACUGGGGAAUGCAGAGCCCUUCUUCAUCCGCUGCAUCCGCUCCAACGCCGAGAAGAAAGAGCUGUGUUUCGACGAUGAGCUGGUGCUGCAGCAGCUGCGCUACACGGGCAUGCUGGAGACCGUGCGGAUCCGGAGGUCAGGCUACAGUGCCAAGUACACGUUCCAGGAUUUCACGGAGCAGUUCCAGGUGCUUCUCCCUAAGAAUGCCCAGCCCUGCAGGGAGGUCAUCUCUGCCCUGCUGGAGAAGAUGGACAUAGAUAAGAGGAGCUACCAGAUCGGCAAGACCAAGGUCUUCCUGAAGGAGACCGAGCGGCAGGCCCUGCAGGAGACACUGCACCGAGAGGUUGUGCGGAAGAUCCUGCUGCUGCAGAGCUGGUUCCGGAUGGUGCUGGAGCGCAGGCACUUCCUGCAGACGCGGCGGGCAGCCAUCAUCAUCCAGGCCUGCUGGCGGUCCUACCGCGUCCGCCGGGCACUGGAGAGGACGCAGGCGGCCGUGUUCCUCCAGGCCGCGUGGAGGGGCUACCGGCAGCGGGCAGCCUACCGGCGCCAGAGACAGAGCAUCAUCCGCCUCCAGAGCCUCUGCCGGGGGCACCUGCAGCGCAAGAGCUUCAGCCAGAUGGUGGAGGAGAAGCAGAAGGCUGAAGAGAAGGAGAGGGAAGCCGAGCAAGCCUCGAAGGAGGAAACCGCCGAGGCCGAGCUGGCCCAGGCAGCUGGGCCAGAACCUGAGCAGGGCCUAGAACCCUCCACGGAGGGUGAGCCUUUGGACCUGGAGCCUGAGGUGUGGCCCAGUGACGGGGCUCCCCCAGCCGAGAGCUGCCAACCUGAGAAGGAGGUCCCGAGCGUGGAGAAGGUGCCCCCAACCCAGAAACACACAGCUGAAGGUCGCGAGAAAGUGCCCCGCAGCCGGGAGAAGCGUGAGUCACGGCGACAGCGGGGGCUGGAGCACGUGAAGCUCCAGAACAAGCACAUCCAGUCCUGCAAGGACGAGCUCACCCUCAGAGAACUUUCUGGAAAGGCUGUCCCAGGGUCAGAGGAGAGCCUCCCAGAAAGGGAGGGCAGGGAAGAUGAAAGCCCUUCGGAUGCCAGGACUGAGAUGGAGAUGGCGUCCCCCAAAAAGCAGCCUCAGGUGCCCCCACAGGCCACUCCAAGCAGCCCGGACUCGGGAGAAGCCCAGGCCGGGAGCCCCAGGCCCGGCCACGAGGAACGACCCACCAGCCUGGCCCUGGACAGCAGGGUCACCGUGCCGGGACCCAGUGCCACCCCAGAGACCCCCAAGGACAAAAGCAAGCCAGGGAUCAGCCCCAGGGCCCAGGAAAGGCCCGGCAGUCCUGGAGGCUCCACGCAGAUUCAGCGGUACCGGGAUGCUGACACUGAGCGGCUGGCCAACGCCGUGGAGAUGUGGCGGGGCAAGAAGCUGAUGACCGCGGGCAGCAGCUCCAUGCUGAGUCAGUCCCUGGACCUCAGCGAGCGGCACCGGGCCGUGGGGGCCACCCUCACGCCCACAGAGGAGAGGCGCGUUUCCUUUUCCACGAGUGACGUCUCCAAGCUCCUCCUGUCCCCAUCCCAGGCCAAGACUCAGCCUUCUGCCGAAACAGAUGGGGAGCCCAUCACAAAGAAGCUGGCCAUCCAGAAGAAGAAGUCGGCCGACGCAGCCUCAGGGACAGACAACAGCCUGUCCCCAGGCUCUGCCGAUUCUAAAUCCACGUUUAAGAGACUUUUCCUUCACAAGAACAAGGAUAAGAAAUUCAGCCCAGAGGGUGGAGAAGAGACAGAGAGCGCCAUACCCGGGCAAGCCAUCCUGGAAGCUGCCACCACGAAGAAGACUCUAGAAGUCCCCUCCAGCCACCAGCACCGUCAUGCCACAGGUGAGAAGCACCCCAAGGAGCUGGGAGGGAAAGGGAAAAAGAACCGAAACCUCAAGAUUGGCAAAAUCACGGUGUCGGAGAAGUGGCGAGAGUCCGUGUUCCGCAAGAUCACCAACGCCAACGAGCUCAAGUACCUGGAUGAAUUCCUGCUCAACAAGGUGAAUGACCUGCGUUCCCAGAAGACUCCCAUUGAAAGCUUAUUCAUCGAAGCCACCGAGAAGUUCCGAAGCAAUCUCAAGACCAUGUACUCCGUCCCGAACGGGAAGAUCCACGUAGGCUACAAGGACCUCAUGGAGAACUACCAGAUCGUCGUGAGCAAUCUGGCAGCCGAGCGCGGCGAGAAGGACACCAACCUGGUCCUCAACCUCUUCCAGUCACUGCUGGACGAGUUCACCCGCGGGUACACCAAGAACGACUUCGAGCCUUCCAAGCAGAGCAAAGCUCAGAAGAAAAAGCGGAAGCAGGAACGCGCUGUGCUGCAGCACAAUGGGCACGUGUUCGUCAGCUACCAAGUGAGCAUCCCCCAGUCCUGUGAGCAGUGCCUCUGCUACAUCUGGCUUAUGGACAAGGCCCUGCUCUGCAGCGUGUGCAAGACCACCUGCCACAAGAAGUGUGUGCACAAGAUCCAGACCUGCUCCUUCAAGUGCGGGAGGAAGAUGGAACCAGGCGCGGAGUCGGGCCACUUCGGCGUGUGCGUGGACAGCCUGACCAGCGACAAGGUCUCAGUGCCCCUCGUGCUGGAGAAGCUUCUGGAACACGUGGAGAUGCACGGCUUGUACACCGAGGGCCUCUACCGCAAGUCGGGUGCCGCCAACCGCACACGGGAGCUCCGGCAGGCACUGCAGACAGACCCCAUGGCAGUCAAACUGGAGAACUUCCCCAUCCACGCCAUCACCGGGGUGCUCAAGCAGUGGCUGCGGGAGCUGCCCGAACCCCUCAUGACCUUCGCCCAGUAUGGCGACUUCCUCCGUGCCGUGGAGCUCCCAGAGAAGCAGGAGCAGCUGGCUGCCAUCUACGCCGUCCUGGAGCACCUGCCAGAAGCCAACCACACCUCCCUGGAGCGGCUCAUCUUCCACUUGGUCAAGCAACCACCCCCUAACUGCCGCUUGCCACAUAGGGUGGCCCUGCUCGAGGAUGUGAACCGCAUGUCACCCAGCGCGCUGGCCAUCAUCUUCGCGCCCUGCCUCCUGCGAUGCCCCGACAACUCAGACCCCCUCAUCAGCAUGAAGGAUGUCCUCAAAAUCACCACGUGCGUGGAGAUGCUGAUCAAAGAACAGAUGAGGAAGUACAAAGUGAAGAUGGAGGAGAUCACCCAGCUGGAGGCUGCUGAGAGCAUGGCCUUCCGAAGGCUUUCUCUGCUGCGCCAGAAUGCUCCAUGGCCUCUCAAACUGGGGUUUUCGUCUCCCUAUGAGGGGGUCCUGAUUAAGAACCCCAAGACCCGGGGGAGCAGCAGUGGUGGCCCGGAGGAGCUGGGGGUGCUGCAGGAGGAGGAAGCAGCCGGCGGUGAUGAGGAUCGGGAGAAGGAGAUCCUAAUCGAGCGGAUCCAGUCCAUCAAAGAGGAGAAGCAAGACAUCACGUACCGGCUGCCAGAGCUGGACCCUCGGGGCUCCGACGAGGAGAACCUGGACUCAGAGACAUCUGCCAGCACCGAGAGCCUGUUGGAAGAGCGGGCCGGGCGGGGGGCCUCGGAAGGUCAUAACCCUGCCAUCUGUCUCUCAAAAGGGCCCCCCGCGCCUGCUCUCCCCUGCCCCGGCGCGCCCACCCCGAGCCCCCUCCCCGAGGCGGCCGCCCCUCCUCGACGAAGGCCGUCGUCCUUCAUGACGGUCAGAGUGAAGACCCCCCGGCGGACCCCGAUCAUGCCCACGGCCAACAUCAAGCUUCCGCCUGGCCUGCCCUCCUAUCUCCCUGGCCGGGCGCCUGGUACACAGGAAGUUGCUGCCACAGUGAGGCGCCGAGAGCCGCCGGCCCGCCGCCCAGACCAGGUACACUCUGUGUAUAUCACGCCAGGCACUCACCUGCCCACUCAGGGCCCUCAGGAGCCCCUGGACAAGGAUGACCGGCCACCUGGGGCCAAGCGGAGGUAUUCGGACCCCCCAACCUACUGCCUGCCCUCUUCCUCGGGCCAGGCCAAUGGCUGA